UUGUUUUGUUUCCUAACUUGGUGUAAUAGUAUACCCGGAGCGGUUGCUCAUCUACCACGCUGGCACAGGGAAAACCGCCUUUCUUGCCUGCCUUAAACUGACUACUCUCUUCGUCUUUGGCUUCUUUGAUAUGAUUGUGGCACCAACCUAUAUCUCGGCGGGCGAGCCCCUGAUGAAAACGGCCGGCGUCGCCCUCUGCGGCAUCAUCCCGGCCGUGUACGUGGCCUGGACGACGUCUCCCUUCGUGGCAGCCAUGCACCUGCACCUGCCGCCGUACGCGCGGUGGUCGCCGGCAAUCCUGGAGCGCUUCGCGCGCACCGCGCCGCCCGGCACGCGCCUCGACGUCACCACCAUGAGCCUGAUCGGCAAGCCGCGCGUCAGCUCCAUGACGCUGGCCGACCUGCGCCCGGCCCGCCGCCGCCUCGGCACCGUCAACUACGCGCGCGACACGUCCCGCCUCGACGCGACCCGCAAGUGGUGGCGCUUCCGCGCCGUCGCCGAGUUCAGCGUCCAGGAGGGCGCCGAGAAGAGGGUCAAGACCGGCUGGGUCUGGAGGGACAUCCGGGACGGGAUCGCGAAGAGGGCCGCGGCCCAGGCGGCGGCGGCAAAGCAGUGACCGUGGCGGGCCCUCUCCUUUCUCGGCUCCCUUUUUUUGCAAAGGUGACGUGACGUUUUUGGGAUGGGGAGGGAGAGGGGGAGAAGGGGGAGUAGGAUGGGGGAACUUGAAUCUCUUCUCCUUUUUUUCAUUCUCUUCUCUUUUCCUUUUUCUUUUUCCACAAAAAAGAACAAUUGUGCGUAUUGUAUGUACUGUUAACCCUACCGUGCAAACGUCUCCGAGUCCGAGACAGAUACAAUGCAUUGUCUCCUCCUAUCCAACCCCUC